GCUUGGAACUUAUUUAUUGCACGGGAUACAAGUUCGGAAGCGUUUUUACUACUUCAACUCAUUGCCAAUGAAUGCUAUAAGUGUGAAGAAUUUUGGUUUGCCGCAAAAGCUUUUGAUAUGCUAGAGAAACUGGAUCCUAGCCCAGAAAAUUGGGAAGGUAAACGUGGUGCUUGUGCUGGAGUCUUGUUUGCGACAAUAACAAAAUAUAAAAAAAUGCAGAUGCCACACUCGAUUUCGGAAGUUAUAGGAUUAUUGCGUGAAUCUUCAUAUCCACAAGCAGAAACUAUUAUUAGAACUAUACGCAAAUAUGCAAACAUACUUAAGUAA